AGUGACUUUGCAUUGGUUUUACAUUUAAAAUCCCCAAUUGUAUGACAACAGCAAUUAAAUUUAUUGUCUACGAACGGUCACCAUGCAAAACUAGCAGCAGCUAGUUAGGGUUAGUGUUAAUUGUCCGUAAAGAAACAUAGCUAUUCUCCAAUAUGAAUGGAGAACGGCGCUAGGUUUAUUCCUGAUGUGGAACGUAAUCACAUACAUACAUACAUACAAUGCAUAAAUGUCAUUGUCUAAAAUUUUACUACCACGCGGCCAUUACGUAAGUUUGCUGGAACGGUUGGAUCACAUGAAUCAAAUUAGCCGUUCUGGUGGCCCUGGUGGGUCUUCCCAACAAAUGCAGUUAGGUCCAGGGCAGAUCCCGGGAGGGCCAAUGAACGUGAAUGCUAUGAAUUUACAGCAGAUUCAACAAAUGGGUCAACAGCAAAUGGCGCAAAUCAGCAUGAACCAUCAGCAAUUACAUCAAAUGAUGAACGCACGUUUGAACGCUGCUGGUCCUAUGGGUACAAAUGCUGGUGCAGGAGCGCAAAUAUCAGUACCGAAGGGCUUGGAAUCAUCUGCGCAUCAGACAUUUGAGUCUGCUGUUGUUGCUGUUGAUUUUGUGCAGCCUACAUACCAGUGGCAGAUGGCACAGUACUUGGUGAAGGACUUUGCCGUAAGAACUGCUGCUACUGACCCGGAACACCACGAUUAACCUGAAACAUCUGGCCACCCUGACCUAUUGGCAUAUUUACCUUCUGUUGCAUAUUCUGGGAAAUACCUAUCAUUUGGCUGAUACCACUUUGCUGGCCAGCAUUUUGGGGCAUUGCACCACCCUGUUGACCUUGUGGUCCACCAACAACAUUGCCUGGAUGCAUUGG